UCUUGCUUUCAAAAAUAAAACAAUUUCGAAACUUUUCGUGGGGGGUCGGGUUUAGUUUAUUUGAUAUUGUAGAAUGCAGAGGGGCAAUGGCAGUCCAGCAGCAUGCGCAGCAUGCAAGCAUCAGAGGAAGAGGUGCGACGAAAACUGCGCCUUGUCUCCCUACUUCCCUGCGAGUAAAACCCGAGAAUUCCAGGCGGUACACAAGGUGUACGGGAUGAGUAAUGUUAUAAAGAUAUUACGGAGUAUUGAGAGCGAAGACGAGCGGAGGAGGGCGGCUGAUUCGCUUGUGUGGGAAGCGUUUUGCAGGCAAACGAAUCCUGUGUUGGGUUCGUAUGGGGAGUUUAAGAAGGUGGUAGAAGAGCUUAAGUUUUACAAAAACCAAAAUCAACAGUUGCAAGAGGCUUACGCAAGGGCAUCGGAGUUGAUCGGGUGGAACAGAUCUAGUAAUGGGAUGAACACCGCCGCUGCUGGCGCCAGUGGC